ACGUCAUACGCUCGAUACGCCACAAUUUAAUUUGCAAGGUCAUCAAAGUUGUUGUUGUUGGAUUUUGACGUUUCAAUUGUCACACUGUCACGCAAAUUUCGCGACUGUCCUCCUUCUUUCCGGCAAAUCAACGAUGGCAGGAACUCUAUACACAUACCCAGAAAACUUCCGUGCCUAUAAGGCAUUGAUUGCUGCCCAGUAUUCGGGUGCUCAAGUGAAGGUUGCUAGCGAUUUUGUUUUCGGCGAAACAAAUAAGUCGGCUGAAUUCUUGAAGAAGUUCCCCAGCGGUAAGGUUCCUGCUUUCGAAACCUCGGACGGCAAGUUCCUUAGCGAAUCCAACGCCAUCGCCUAUUUCUUGGCCAGUGAACAAUUGCGUGGUGGCAAAUGCCCCUUCGCCCAAGCCCAGGUCCAACAAUGGUUGUCAUUCGCCGAUAAUGAAAUCGUCCCCGCCUCCUGUGCCUUGGUAUUCCCCUUGUUGGGCAUUAUGCCCCAACAGAAGGGCAACACUGCCAAACAAGACGUUGAAGUCGUUCUGAACUUGUUGAACAAGAAAUUCCUGGAAUCCACCUACUUGGUUGGUGAACGCAUCACCUUGGCCGAUAUUGUUGUGUUCUGCAGUUUGUUGCAUGUCUACCAAUACGUUUUGGAUGCCGCCGCCCGCAAGCCAUACACCAACUUGAACCGUUGGUUCAACACCAUCUUGAACCAGAAACAGGUUAAGGCUGUCGUCGGCAACUACAGCAUCUGCGACAAGGCCUUGGUGUUCGAUCCCAAGAAAUACGCCGAAUUCCAAGCCAAGACCGGUGCCAAACCCCAACAAGAAAAGAAGGUCAAGGAGGAAAAGAAGCCCGCCCCCAAGAAGGAAGAACCCAAAAAGGAAGAACUCGAUGCCGCCGAUUUAGCUUUGGCCGCCGAGCCCAAAUCCAAGGAUCCCUUCGAUGCCCUGCCCAAGGGUACCUUCAACUUUGACGACUUCAAACGCGUCUACUCCAACGAAGAUGAGAAAGUCUCCAUUCCCUACUUCUGGGAGAAGUUCGAUCCCGAACACUAUUCCAUCUGGUUCGGUGAAUACAAAUACAACGAGGAAUUGACCAAGACCUUCAUGUCUUGCAAUUUGAUCGGUGGCAUGUACCAACGUAUCGACAAGAUGCGCAAGCAGGCCUUUGCCUCGAUGUGCCUGUUCGGUGAGGACAACAACUCCAGCAUCUCCGGUAUUUGGGUGUGGCGCGGACAAGAACUGGCCUUCAAGUUGAGCCCCGACUGGCAAGUCGACUACGAAGUCUAUGACUGGAAGAAAUUGGAUCCCAAGAGUGAGGAAACCAAGAAAUUGGUUGAACAAUACUUCUCAUGGACUGGUACCGACAAACAGGGUCGUAAAUUCAAUCAAGGCAAGAUCUUCAAAUAAGUC